AUGAAAGAAGCAAUAUCCUCACAGGAAAAACCAACUGCUGAGACAACCACCUCCACAGAAGUAGAACUGUCAGACAUUCCAAGUACAAGCCAAGAGAUUUGUCAUUCUGUGGAGGAAGCCCCAAUAGAACUAUCAGCCAUUCCAAGCACAAGCCAAGAGAUUGGUCAUUCUGAGGAGGAAACCUGUAUGAUUGGUGAUAUAUUUUUAGAGCCUGGGCCAGCCAAUGAACCUGAUAUGUCACCAGCUUUUGUUGAAUGUGCACAGCUUUCAAAUGAGAAUAGGAAACUAUCAAACAAACUUAAAACUUUGAGGGGAAUUGUGACAAGGCGAAGUAAGGAAGUGAAAACGUACAGGAGAAAAAGUAAGAUUUUAAGUAACUUUAGUAACUUCAUACCAGUGACCCUCUGUCAAUAUAUGUUGGAAGUAUAACUAUAAUUCAGUCAUUCAAUUAUCUUAAAGACCAUGUAAAGUCUGUUCUGCGCAGGCUUAUAUUCCAAUGGUCGGGACCCGAUCGUUGGAAUGUUAUUAAUAUUUCGUAUUUUUUUAACUUUCUUGAAUUGAAUCUCUAGUCUGUAUUCAUUUACAAGCAUAGCGAACCAGAAGAGUGUUAAAAAUUCAGUAUAUAAAUAUAUAUCUAAUCAUGCAUAUUUUACAACUGUAGCCCUGAGUUCAAAAUGUAAACAAAGCAUUUGUUUACACAUUUAUACAGACUUUACAUGGUCUUUAAACAAAUUCCUUGUUUACUGUAGUUCAUACAUGUAUUGAGCUUCAGGAGACUUUUUCUUGGAUUCUGUUUCUUUUAUUUUUAUGACUAUGCAUACUUUAACUUUAAAUCCACUUUGAGGAAGUGUUGUGCUAAUGCUGUUGGAAAAGCACAUUGUAACACAUUCAUUUGCACUUUCAGUAAACGUCCUGCAAUCGAGAAUUGCCAGACUGCAAACAGCUGCCAAGAAUGCAGGACAAAUUGAGGAAGCUGAGCAAACUAGUGCGACUGACAAUGAUGAACAUGAUGAUGGCGACAAUUAUGAAAUGGAAGAAGAUGAACUGGAAUAUGAAAGUGGCUCCCAGUACGAAACAGAACAACUGAGACUGAAGAAUCUGUUGACUUGGGCAGGUCAGUUAAGACAUUGUUUAUUAAGACAUUGUGUAAAGCAUCUUUAUGAAACACAUAAUUUUCUCUAUAACCAGAACAUUUUACUCAUCCUAAAGGCUAAAGCCCUGUCCGCUCCAAUCAUUCAAACGUUUUUAUGUGUCUGUCUCUUUCCAACUGAUUAAGAGGUUAAUUUUACAACUUCCUUAGUUUUCUAUCACAUUGUAGAUUACCCCUGGCAGGCACAAACCUCCGGACAGAACCAAAGCACAUUGUGUUUCUGUCUCAUUUACUUCUGUUGUUCAAGUUCUGCCAAAUAUGCAAGUAUGACAAUCCAGAGAUUGAAUUAAAAGAAUGUGGAACAAGUAUUACAGUCAGGUCUAAAUUGCCCUUCAUGUAAUCAAGAAAACGAUUGGCAUAGUCAGCUAUAUAUGCCAGGUAAUUCACAGAUAAGAGCUGGUAAUUUCAUGUUAAGCUUAUCAAUUCCCCUGAGUGGAGGAUCACCAGCAAAGGUGGUGAAGCUGUUCAAUCAUAUGGGACUUGGUUGCAUCAGUUUGAAAACAUACUACAUAUAUCAGAGGGUAAGUUAAAUAGUACGGUGCUAAUUUUACACUAUACCGGAUAGCUUUCUGUAUCAGCGUGAAAAAGCACUUCUGACACUGAAUGUCCAGUACAACUUUCAGAAGCUGAGUGAAACAACAUCUCUCUGUUUUAAUAAUUCCUUUAAAAAUACAUUUCUAAAAGUACUUGUAGUUGCUAUGGAAAGCUAUACACUUAUAGUGUAAAAAUUUGCUAUUUCUGAAAACUAUGCAUGGUAUAUAUAAAAAAAUGUAAUGCAACUUCUAGCUGUCCAAUGGUGCCUGUUUGUGUCAUUAUAAAAGAAAAUGACCAAGUAGGAGUACCAUACAAUAAAAAUUGCCAGUUGAAAUUGAUUUUUCCAACAUUGGGAAUUGGAUGCAAAAGUAUUGAAAAUAAAUUCCAUUUAGUAUAUAAUUGUUGUAUGUAAUUGUUGAUAAAUGAAAUUCACUUCUCACACACUGCUGGUAGCUGCUUCAGCCAUCUGCCUUAAAAAUAAAUUCCAUAUAAUUGUUGUAUAUAAUUGUUGAUGAAUGAGAUUCACUUUUGUUAACACUUAUUAUGCUUUAAAUGUACAAAGGUGGGAAUCAAAAAGCAAUUUUGACCAGCAAUUUUUAAUUGGCCUGUAUUUGGUCAUUUUUGCUUGGCAUGAUACAAAAACAGUGUCAUUCACAGAUAAAACCCUAAUACAAAUAUGAAAAAAAAAAUCUCAUCCAAAUAAAUAAAUAAAUAAAUCCAAUCAAUUCAGUAUAAGUCUUGAAUGUGCCAGUAAGUGUAAGUAGUGCCUGGUAUUCUGGGAAAUAUAAGAAGAAAUUCAAGAAGGUCCAGGGCCUUACUUGCAUCUCUACCUACAAAAGCUUUGUUAGAGUUGGAUUCCUUUUUUCUCUAUCAGUAGCAUACUGUAAUGUUGUGCUAAAGGGCCUGCAACUUAAACUGUAGUCAGGACCCUCUUGUCUUGCUUAUCCAAACUGCUGGGGGCAUGUACAUAAAAUUCCACACCUUGCCAUCCUUGCUCAGGGGGCUUAAUUAAACUGGGCAAAGCCCAGUUAUGCCACUGGCCUGUAUAUGAAGUUUAGUUCAUUAAACAUGUAAAUACACUAAAGAUUUGUUUUGUAGGAAAGAUAUUUCCAACAAUACAACUAUACUGGGAGGAGUAUCAAAAGAAAGCAUUGGAGAAAGUGAAGAAUGAGAGCUGCAAUGGAGUGGUAGUUGCAGGAGAUGGCAGACAACAGUAUGUGCCAUAG